UAGAGCUUUUAAGACACAGCAGAGAGCUUUGCACGAAAGGAGAGAGAGAGAGAGAACUGACGAAAGCCACUCUGUAAUCUUUGAACCUCUGAAUAACAAACACAAAAACCUCUUCACCACCACACCACAUUGUUCGCUCUCUCUCACAUUGCCACCUACAAAUUCUCAUUUGGCCGUUUCUCUUUUCGGUUUCCUUCUCUCUCUACCUAUCAUUUCGAUUUUGUGUUAAAGCCACUCGCUUCCCUGUUUUUCACUUCGUCUCCAAUGGAUUAAGGUAUCCAGUCCCCAUAGAACUUGUUGAUUGAGAUCUUGGUUAUUUGGAUAUACAAGACAUCCAAUUUUGAUAGAUGGGGUUAUCCUUAUCCUGUCCAUUAGCUGACCUAGAUGAUGUGGAUAGUCGCUUUGAAGCUAUUCUUGUAAGAUCAAUUAGUUUUGGGGGCAGAGAUGUGAUGAGUCCAUUGCGACCAGUCAGUUUCAAUGGCCGUGAUUCAGUCAAAACUCCUUCUGCAGAAAAGGAGAACAAUGUGUUUGGUAGAUGUACUGUGAGCUCUAAGACUAAAGACAUUGUAGACCAAUUGCCAAGAUCAGAUGGAUUGUCUGAGAAAACUCACCAAUCACCAUUGUCGGACCCAAAGAAGCAUAGGAACCAGGCUGCAUUAAAGUUGCAGAAAGUGUACAAGAGUUUCCGAACAAGGAGACAGCUGGCAGAUUGUGCAGUUCUUGUGGAGCAGAGAUGGUGGAAGCUGCUCGAUUUUGCAGAACUGAAGCGGAGCUCGAUAUCAUUCUUUGACAUCGAGAAACCUGAGACUGCUGUUUCACGCUGGUCCAGGGCAAGAACUAAAGCUGCUAAGGUGGGGAAAGGCUUAUCUAAGGAUGAAAAGGCUCUUAAACUUGCUUUACAACAUUGGCUUGAGGCAAUUGAUCCCCGUCAUCGCUAUGGCCAUAAUCUUCAAAUUUAUUAUGUUAAUUGGCUUCAGUGUGAGAGUAAACAGCCUUUCUUCUACUGGCUCGAUAUAGGAGACGGAAAAGAAGUAAAUCUUGAGAGAUGUUCUCGAUUGAAGCUUCAGCAACAAUGCAUCAAAUAUCUUGGUCCAGCAGAACGGAAGGCUUAUGAAGUUGUGGUGCGGGAUGGGAAACUUUUGUACAAGCAGAGUGAUAAAUUCCUUGAUACAACAGAAGGACCCAAAGAUGCUAAGUGGAUCUUUGUUCUUAGCACAUCCAAAACCUUGUAUGUUGGGCUGAAGAACAAGGGCACAUUUCAACAUUCUAGUUUCUUGGCAGGAGGCGCCACAUUGUCUGCUGGAAGAUUGGUAGUGGAAGACGGCAUUCUGAAGGCAGUUUGGCCUCACAGUGGGCAUUAUCGACCGACAGAAGAAAAUUUUCAAGAAUUCAUGUUGUUCCUUGAGGAACAGAAUAUAGAUCUAACCAAUGUAAAGAAAAGCCCAAAUGAAGAGGAAGAAGAAGCCCCUAACGAAAAGGCCAAUGACAUUUGCCUCCAAAGCAUCCCAUCAAUGAGUGAAAGUUUCUUGGCUCAAGAGUACUCUGAUUCCAGAGGCCAGGAUUCUAAUGCUAAAGAAAAUCCCCGACCCUCCAUGUCAAGAUUGUCACGAGAAUUAGGGUCAAAAGUACCCAGACUUGAAAUACCAUACCAACAGGAUGUAUUUGACAUUUUUAAGAAGGAAGAACUUCGAUCAGGUUGCCAUACUCACCUUCCAGAUUCUGCAGAAGAUGGUUAUGAGACAGCGGAAGAGUCGUUCUUAUCCGAGGAAGAUUUCAUGGUUCCCAAACUGAACUUGUUUGAUGGAGACAAAGAAGAAGACGAUGAACAGCCCAUCCCAAAAGAGAAAAUCAUGCAAAGGAUAGAUUCACAUAAAGGAAUGAAGUCAUAUCAGUUAGCUAAGCAAUUAUCCAGUAAAUGGGCAACCGGAGCCGGGCCACGGAUUGGUUGCAUGAGAGACUAUCCUUCCGAGCUUCAGUUCCAGGUUUUAGAGCAAGCCAACUUGUCUCCAAGAUCAAGAAGUGUUAAUGCAUCCCCCCGGAUCGUAUCCCACUGCAGCCCAAAGGUGGUGACAACUUCUUUGUGUAGAGAGACAAGUACAAGCAGAAGUUCCCAUGCUCCGGAGCAACUGAUAUACUGUCUUAAUCAGCAACACCAUAGACUGAGUAAAUUUAGAUGAAACCAAAACCCAUACUGGAAUUAUUACAUCAUGCUGGGGGUAGAGAAAAUGAUAUAGGAUUCUUUUGCAUUCUUUUCUAUGCCUGCCAUUAUUCUACACAUUUUUGUAGCUUACCGUAGAAA